CCUAUGCUGACUUGAAUUUGGCAGGAGUUCAACUACACGGCGCGACAGAUUCUAUUUCAGAUUGACAGAUUCUGGAUGCAACCGAAAAUCCUCGUCGUCGGACAGACCCUGUCCGCACUCGCGGUCACUGCAAGUCUACGCUCAAGAGGCUGCCAUGUGCUACGCGCCCGGACACGAGACAAUCCGACGAUGACGACAACGACAGAAGGCAGACCAGGCCACGCGCUGGUUCUCACUCCAGCUGCUCCGAUGCUCAAGAUUGUGCAAGAGAUUCGAAACGCCAAGGAUGCCCACAAGCAUCAAGCACUCAGUGAUACAUCUAUAUGCGAGAUCCUCACUGGCGGGGGCGAAUCCUUCUCAUUCCGUGGCCACCGAAUUACGGCAAUCGAGUCAGAGUUGCUCGCCGUCGUUGACAGACAGCGACUGGCAAGCAUGCUACAAGAGCAGUGUCAUGGCGUUCAAGAAGUCCAGAUGGAUCACAUCGAUCCAAGCCAGUUUGAUCUGGUGGUACACACGACUGGCAGUUUUCAUCGCAGUGAGUCGAAAGCGUUGCGCCCUGGCAUGACGAUGGUAGCAGGAGUGAUUCCACCUGGACGAUUCUCUGAGCACGAGGCAGCACGGAUAUGUCCACCUCGAACGUUGCGCGUUUGGGGCUUUGACGCGACGGUCGUCGCAAUGGUGCAAGAUGGCCAAGGGACGAUUCAGUGGCACAGUUUGCUACCGCUUCAUGAUGCGCCACUCGCCGCCCAGAUCAAUGACGCCGCUCAGCGCUCAUUAAACUACUUGCAUGAUAGUGUGUUCUCGGGUCUGUGGGACGACCGAAUCCGAGCAGCAAUCAGCGCAACGCCGUCUUCGCAGUUCCUGACGCGUUCUCUAUCCGCCGACCCAGUCCACGUGCACAUGCAACCACCAGGCACCAGCUCUAAAGCGAGCAGUAACCCCAUUCUUUCUGUCUCACUUGGGCGCGCAGCGGUGGAGUAUCCGCCAUUAGGAAUACAACCACUGUUGCACACUUUCAAAGCAGCCGUCUCUCUUGCCACAACCGUUGCCAAUAGUUCUCUCGACAUGCUGCGUCCAAACAUUGCACGAUAUGUCGCAACACAGACCCAGCAAACUGCAGCUCUUGUUCGAAGGGGAGAGCGCUUUGCGACAAUCUUGCAACACGCAGAAGACACUGAAAUUUCGCUUGAGUAUUCCUUUGUGACCUCGAUGGCCUACUAGCAGCGAACUUUGGUUCUCUGAUGGACAACGGUUGAAUUGCUUGUUGUCGGAAAGAAGGUAUAAAAGUAAUUGUUGGCACAGUAUAACCACACUACGAGUACAAUAAUACAACACAAAAAUCCAAGCCCCAA